AUGCCGAAUACCAAGUCAGCCCCGACGCAUUUAGCGCUCUGCUGCACCGCGGAAGACUUCCAGGCGGCUGCAAAAGCGGUUCUUCCCAACAAGUCAUGGGUCUAUGUAUCUAGCAGCGCGAACUCGGGAGCGUCGCUUGAUUCGAACUUGAAUGACUGGUCUCUCAUCAAUUUCCGGCCUCGAAUCAUGAGAAGUGUCAGUGCCUUGAACACCAAAUGUUCCAUCCUGGGACAGACUGGGCAAUAUCCAUUUUUUGUGUCAGCCAUGGGAACUCUGGGUAAUGCACACCCUGGUGCUGAACCAUUGUUAGCCCGAGGAGCGACACGCAAGGGAUUGCAUACAGUGAUCAGCACAGCGACAUCCAAGUCCUUGGAAGAUAUCAUGGAUGCCCACUUGGACGAACAGCAACGACUCAAAAACCAGAGCCCUUCCAAGCUCUUCUUUCAACUAUACGUCCCGAUCGACCGCACAAAAGCCAAGUCUCUCAUUCAGAGGGUAAAGGCCGCCGGAUACCAGAGCUUGUGGGUCACUGUGGACACUUCAACACUAGGCAAACGAACAGCCGAUCGAUAUCUACAGGCACAAGAAGCCCUCGAUCAAGGCGUGCGAGAGACGACAAGAGAUCCUGCGGCCGAGAAUGAUUUCGGGCCUGCAUUUGGUGGCCGGCCCGUUCCUGGAUACUUGGAUCCCGGCCUGACCUGGGAGGAUUUGGCGUGGAUCUCUCGGGAAUGGAACGGUCCCGUUGUGUUGAAGGGCAUCCAAACUGUUGAAGACGUUAGAUUGGCUGUCCAACAUGGUGUGCAGGGCGUUCUUUUGAGCAACCAUGGGGGCCGCCAAAUUCACUCUGCUCCGAGCGCCUUGAUGACGCUCCUGGAGAUCCGGACUUACUACCCAGAAGCUUUUGACAAGCUCGAAAUUUAUGUAGACGGUGGUCUUCGAGAUGGAGCCGAUGUUCUCAAGGCCCUUUGCCUCGGAGCCACAGCAGUGGGCGUUGGUCGGCCCUAUUACUACGCCAUGGCCGCGUAUGGGUUGGAAGGAGUGGAAAGAUGCACCGAUAUCAUCGCCGAGGAGCUUGAGAUCACCAUGAAAAUGCUCGGUGUCUCCUCCCUCGACCAACUUCGGCCAGAAAUGGUCAACGCGACUCGACUGUUGAAUGAGAUGUGGCGACCGGAGAUGCCGAGGCCCAAGCUAUAG